AUGAAUAAAUAUAUAAACUCUAUAAUCCUUUGCAACGGUGGCCUUGGUGCAUCUACUAUACUUAGAGGCCUGGACCCCAAUAAAUACUUGGGAAAACUAAUUUCGUUUUUAGACCCAGUUCUUCCCACUGCAUCCCGUACUGACUUUGUUAGGUGUUGGCAUGCUAAGACUGACGGCUGGGCGGCAUCGACAUUCCACAGCAACUGCGAUGGGAGAGGACCUACAGUGACAAUCAUCAAAGUGAACGAUUCCAUAUUUGGUGGAUACACCGACGUAUCAUGGAGCAGUUCCUGUCAUUGGUCUUACGCCACCAAAGCCUUUUUAUUCUCAUUUAACAACAUCAAAGGAUACAAUCCUGUGAAGCUGACACAAUACCGAUACCAGCAAUACGCAAUGUACACAUGUUCCUCUCACGGACCCACUUUUGGUUGGGGACAUGACAUCCGCAUAUAUGACGACGCCGUAAACAAUCAACAUUCUUAUACUGAAUGCGGCCAGACUUACUCCAACCCCACGGGUUAUUCGGGUGAAAACUGUGGAUUUUUCACAGGAAGUCGUUAUUUUACUCCAUCUGACAUUGAAGUUUUCUUCGAAAUAGGUAAGUUAUUGUACAGAAACACUUAA